ACUGGAACUUUGGUUAUUGGCUGUUGUGAACUAGUUCGUGAUCUUAUUAUUACUCUUUGUAUAGCAUUUGUUUUUAUGCAUAGGCGUAGCCACAAUCGGCAUUGGGAUAGAAAUUGGAAUAGACAUUGGGAUGACUAUUCUGACGAUAAUUGGGGUAAGGAUUGGCAUGGGUGGCAUCAUAACCAUUCGUUUAAGGGAUCUUACACCCAUUCGGGUACAAACCGUAAAUGGUAUUCGGGUGUAGAAUGGAGAGCAAUUUUCUGUAUUUUAUUGAGUUAUUAUGUGAUUGGUAUUAUAUUCAACGCUACACUAUUGCUUGGUGUUUUUAUGAAAAAACCUACAUUAAUCAAAAUUUAUGUAAUUUCUAAUAUUUCUGCCGUUGUGUUAUUCAGUCUUACAUUUAUAUCGUUAGUAAUUGCAUUUGGUUUAGUAUGUGAAACCUUAUUCCCUCAUCACAAAUGGGGAUUUUUUAUUCUAUGCAUAAUCUGUAAUGGGGGAGAAAUAUGCCUACAAUCAUAUAACGUAUUGGUCGUAAAUAGCUAUCGUUGGCAAAUAAAAGAUGAUCAAGGCACUCAAGUACCACAAUUUGGUUCGAAACCGUCACAAGAUGAUUUACAAUCGCCAAGUAAACAAGAAUAUGAUUCGAAACCACCACCAUAUACUUUGCAAGCGCCAAGCAAACAAGAAUAUGGUUGGUUUAACCGUCAUGGAAAAUCUUAAGUUUUAUUUGAGUACGACUGUGUUCAAUUUAAUUGUAACUGAUGAAAAUAAAGUGUAAUAAUUAUGAUUUUUUGCUGUAAAAUGCCCAAGCCAAGAUUUCAACAGUGUUUUCGGAAUUUUGAAAAAGGGGAUGUAGUUGCCUUAUGUUUACAGCCAUAUUAUAUAGUGGUAAUAAAUAGCUAUCGUUUACAAAUAAAAGAUGAUCGAGUUACUAAAGAGCCACAUUCUGGUUCGAUACCCCCACAAUAUUAUGUGAAACCACCAAGCUACCAAGAAUAUGGUUGGAAAAAGCCUUAAAAUGAUUUGUAAGCUCUAAGAAAACAAGAAUAAGUUUGAUUAGGCCAAUGGAAGCAUUAUCAAUUCAGUACCACUGUGCGCAAUGUAUUAG